ACGCUCCCUUCCUCUACAUCCAGCCUCCUCCCCCUUUUCAAAGGGAGCGUCUAUAAAAACUCUGCCGGAGACAGACAGACACUUUCCACGUCAGUCAGACAGGCGGACGGACAGACAGACAGACACCUCCCUUCUUCUUCUCUGAAACACAGCUGAGCACUCAGGAUGUCCAUCACUAAGAUUCACGCCAGAGAGAUUCUGGACUCCAGAGGAAACCCCACUGUGGAGGUGGACCUGUGGACAGCCAAAGGUCUCUUCAGGGCAGCAGUCCCCAGCGGUGCAUCGACAGGUGUCCAUGAGGCUCUGGAGCUCCGUGAUGGAGAUAAGACUCGUUACCUGGGCAAAGGUACUGUGAAGGCUGUGGACCAUGUGAACAAGGACAUCGCCCCCAAGCUGAUCGAGAAGAACUUCAGCGUUGUCGAGCAGGAGAAGAUCGACAAGUUCAUGUUGGAGUUGGACGGCACUGAGAACAAAUCUCAGUUUGGUGCUAAUGCUAUCCUUGGAGUGUCUCUGGCCGUCUGUAAGGCUGGAGCAGCGGAGAAAGGCGUUCCUCUUUACCGCCACAUCGCCGACCUCGCUGGACACAAAGAAGUCAUACUUCCUGUUCCUGCGUUUAACGUGAUCAACGGAGGCAGCCAUGCUGGAAACAAGCUGGCCAUGCAGGAGUUCAUGAUUCUUCCUGUCGGAGCCGCAAACUUCCACGAAGCCAUGAGGAUCGGCGCCGAGGUCUACCACAACCUGAAGAAUGUGAUCAAAGCAAAGUACGGCAAGGACGCCACCAACGUGGGAGAUGAGGGAGGCUUCGCCCCCAACAUCCUGGAGAACAAUGAGGCUCUGGAGCUCCUGAAGACGGCCAUCGAGAAGGCCGGUUACCCCGACAAGAUCAUCAUCGGGAUGGACGUGGCCGCCUCCGAGUUCUUCCGCAGCGGAAAGUACGACCUGGACUUCAAGUCGCCCGACGACCCGGCCAGACACAUCAGUGGAGAUCAGCUGGGAGACCUGUACCGCAGCUUCAUCAAGGGAUACCCCGUUCAGUCCAUUGAGGAUCCAUUCGACCAGGACGAUUGGGAAAACUGGUCCAAGUUCACCGCCUCCACAGACAUCCAGAUCGUUGGAGACGACCUGACGGUGACCAAUCCCAAGAGGAUCCAGCAGGCCGUUGACAAGAAGGCCUGUAACUGUCUGCUGCUCAAAGUCAACCAGAUCGGCUCUGUGACCGAGUCCAUCCAGGCGUGUAAGCUGGCUCAGAGCAGUGGUUGGGGUGUGAUGGUGAGUCAUCGCUCCGGAGAGACAGAAGACACCUUCAUCUCUGACCUGGUGGUCGGACUCUGCACCGGACAGAUUAAGACUGGCGCCCCCUGCAGGUCGGAGCGUCUGGCCAAGUACAACCAGCUGAUGAGGAUCGAGGAGGAGCUCGGGGACAAGGCCAAGUUCGCCGGUAAAGAUUACCGCCACCCAAAGAUCAACUAAAGCUCCGUCCUGACUUCCUGUCUGUGUCGUCAUGACGACUCAUUGAUGACCUUUGAAGCCCCUCCUGUCCCCUUUCUGCAGGGGGGGUUAGAUGUCAAAGGUCACAGUGGGUUAGCCCCGCCUUCCUGACUGUAAUUCCAUUAAAGAUGUUUUCUAAAAAAAAAACAGAAUAAAGAACAAAACAUGAAACUCAAAA